AUGAACUUGAUAGCUUAUGAUAUGUGUCUGGAUUUCAAAAUCGAUUUCACUGUCACUUCAUAUAUGUGUUUCCUUGAUUUAUUGAUCGAUGAAGCCGAAGACGUUAAAGACCUGAGAGACGCCGGCAUACUAUACAACGGGUUGAGGAGUGAUGAAGAAGUGGCUAGGCUUUUCAAUAAGAUGAACACUGAUUUGGUUCCUAGUCCGAUGAUUUACGGUGGGGUUAAACGGAAAAUACAUAAUCAUUACUUAUUAUGCCAUACAGCAACCAAAUCCACGGAGGAAGGAGACCGCGCCGUCGGAGGAGUUUCCACUGAUCAAACAAUCAUCAACAACAACACCAACAACGAUUCCGUGAGCAUUGAUAUAGAGUGUACGGACGUCGCUCUCAGCAGUGGCGAAUUAGCGAAUCUCCGGUCAUUAGACAAAGCUUUGGACGGCGGCCAACCCACCCUCAGAGACAAACCAUUGAUACGAAAAGUCCCGUCUACCCUUCGCCGUAAGGAAGGUUUCAAGAAGUAUUUCAAGCCGAAAGUGAUCUCAAUCGGCCCACUCCACCACGAUGAUCCCACCCUCCAUGAAUCCAAGGAGCUCAAGCUCAAAUUAGCAGCAAAUUUCUUCAACAACAUUGACGUUCAUAAGGUUUCCUUGUACAGCAACAUGAAGAAAGAGAUCGAUAGCUUAAAGAAAUGCUAUGAUCCACAGGAAUUAGAGAAGUAUAGCGACGAUGACGAGAAACUGGCUUGGAUGUUCUUCGUUGACGGCUGCGCAAUUUUACAAGCAGUUUAUUUGCGUUACAGCCAUGAUUGUGAUCGUAAGUCGAAAUUGUUUAUUAAAAACGAUUUGCUGACAUUUGUGUACUCGGAUCUGUUCUUGUUGGAAAACCAAUUACCUUUUCGUGUUCUUGAAUUGCUUACAAACUCGGGGGAUGGCAAAAAGUUCAUGUAUGCAAUCAUAAGGUUCAUCGAGGAUACUGUUAUCAACCCAGCAGAGAUGAAAGAGCCACAACCACAUCAGCAGGACAGUUUCAAACAUAUCUUCUUCGUCGGGAAAUUACGGUUACCGCCGAUCACCGUUGAUGAUUCAACCAUGAACUUAAUAGCUUACGAAAUGUGUCCGGAUUUCGACAACGAUUUCACCGUCACUUCAUAUAUGUGUUUCCUUGAUUCAUUGAUCGAUGGAGCCGAAGAUGUUAGAAAACUGAGCGACGCCGGCAUACUGUACAAUGGAUUGGGGAGUGAUGAAGAAGUGGCUAAGCUUUUCAAUAAGAUGAACACUGAUUUGAUUCCUAAUCCGAUGAUUUACGGUGGGGUUAAACGGAAAAUACAUAAUCAUUGUAAGAAUAUGUGGAUUAAUCAUGCAGCUCGAGCUUAUAAUACUUAUUUUAGUAUUCGUUGGACGUUUUUGGCAUUUGUGGGUGCCAUUGCUUCACUUUUUCUUAGUGCUUUGCAGGCUUAUUAUACCAUACAUCAACGAAAGUAA